AGUGUCCAACAAGAGCAUUAAUAAUGUACCUCCUCCCCGCCGGGUGCCAAACGAGAAAGUGAUGUGGGAUGAUUUCGGGGUGUGCAAAGUCGUGAAAUAAAAAUAAUGAUGACGACAUCUCGUCCCCCAGCGAUUUAUCACGAUUAUAUCGAACUCCUCUGGUGCAUCAUUCAGCCCCGCGUCUGAUUCAUGUCAAGCAUAAUCGACUUUUUGCCAUUGUCAACUUAUCGAGCCAUUAAUGGACACGAGUUUUUUGUGUGAUUGUUGAGAGACGAAAGUUGGAACGGUGUUGAGUAACACCGAGAGCGUCGGAAGGAAGCGUGGGGAUGAUGGGCAGCUUAUCGUUCACCCUGGCCAUAUCCCUGGUGAUAUGUGCCGCUGGGGUGACAGGGGAUUACUCCAGCUCAGAGACGUCAGGAUCAAAUCCAUGUUUUAGUAAAUUAAAAUGUCACGAGUGCAUACGAACGUCCACUUGUGCUUGGUGUGCACAACCGAACUUCUCGGAGAACCGCUGUUUCCGGCCGAACCAAAACCCGAAGAUCCUGGAAGCCUGCUCUGAAGAAUUCACGAUAAACCCCGACAACGUCUUCAGCAUGAUCCGCUACAAGAACCUCACAAAAGGAGGUUUCAUAGCCGGUGGCUCUGGGGGUUCGAUGAGUGGCGGCUCCAUAUCGGAAUCCAGCUCCUCCUGGUCCUCCUCCUCUUCCUCCUCCUCCUCCUCCUCCUCAUCCUCCUCCUCAUCCUCCUCAAAGCAAGAAGCAGUUCAGCUCUGGCCUCAGGAAGUAAACCUGAAACUCAGAAUAAACGAAGCCUACAGGAUGACCUUCUCCUACUCGCAAGCAGAGGACUACCCAGUGGACCUCUACUACCUCAUGGACCUCUCGAAGUCCAUGGAGGACGACCAGAAGAAGCUGUCAGCGCUGGGUCAACUCCUCGUCUCCGAGAUGAGUAAAAUCACCAGCAACUUUCGUCUGGGCUUCGGCAGUUUCGUCGACAAAGUGGUGAUGCCCUACGUCAACAUCAUGCCCAAGUCGUUGAUCGCCCCCUGCAAGGACUGCGCAGCCCCCUACGGCUACAGGAACGUGAUGACCCUGUCCACGGACACGAGCGCCUUCGCGAGUCUCGUGAGCAAUGCAGAGGUCUCCGGAAAUCUCGACGCCCCAGAGGGCGGCUUCGACGCGAUAAUGCAGGCGAUCGUCUGCAGACGGGAGAUCGGUUGGCGAGAAAAAGCGAGGAGACUGUUGGUAUUCUCGACAGACGCUGGCUUCCACUAUGCGGGAGAUGGAAAGCUCGGGGGGAUCAUCAAGCCCAAUGACGGUGAGUGUCACCUGGACAGGACAGGGCUGUACACCCACUCGUCCCUGCAGGACUACCCCAGCAUCUCCCAGAUAAACCUCAAAGUGAAGCAGAACGCCAUAAACAUAAUCUGGGCAGUGACCGAAGAGCAGAUAGGGAUCUACAAGAGGCUGACCAAGCACGUUGAAGGCUCCUUCGCUGGAAAGCUGCUGAACGACUCCAGCAACAUUGUCUCCCUGAUCCGCGAGCAGUACGACAAGAUCUCGAGUUCAGUGGAGAUGAAGGACACUGCGAGCAGCAUGAUAAAAGUGCGUUACUACUCCAAGUGCCUGGGAGGGCCCGAGAUAGAGACCUCAAAGUGCGAUGGCCUGAAAGUGGGAAAUGUCGUGCACUUCACUGCAGUCAUAGAAGUGGUUGCCUGCCCUGCGAACAGAACCCAGUGGAAGCAGACAUUUGAGAUCUACCCAGUGGGCAUCAACGAGACGUUGACAGUGAACCUGGAGAUGAUCUGCGACUGCGAGUGCGAGCAUUCAGGGCCAAUGUACCAGCCAAGAUCGCCAGCUUGCAAUGGAAGGGGUACCCUGGCCUGUGGGAUCUGCGAUUGCGACGAUGGGGUCUUUGGAAAUGCCUGUCAAUGCUCUAAACACGAUAAUACCCCGCAUUACGUCAACGAGACGAAUGCCUGCAGGCCAGACGACUCCAAGCCCGAUUGUUCAGGGAGAGGUGACUGCGAGUGUGGCCAGUGCAUUUGCCACAGGCGAGGGGACUCAGGGGAGGUGUUCUCAGGUCGUUACUGCGAAUGCGAUAAUUUCUCUUGCGAGAGGAACAAGGGAAUUCUGUGUUCUGGUCAUGGAAGGUGUGAGUGUGGUAAUUGCGCUUGUGAUCCUGGCUGGGAGGGGGACAGCUGCAGCUGCAAGACCUCCAAAGAGACGUGCAUGGCACCCAAUUCUGGAAAGUACUGCUCUGAUCAUGGGGACUGCAUAUGCGGGGAAUGCAAGUGCCAUCAGGAGGGGGACAUCAGGUACUCUGGAAAGUACUGCAAUAAAUGCCCCUCCUGUGCCAGCCUCUGUGAGGAGCUGAGACCCUGUGUCCAGUGUGUCGUACAUGAGACUGGAAACAUGACCAAGGAGGAGUGCUACACUGUGUGCAAUGUCACGAAGGGGUACAAGAAUAUUUAUGGGGUCGAGACUGUUCAGAUUGACAUUGAUAAGGACGAGGAGGCCUGCAUGUUCAUCGAUGAACAGGACUGCAAGAAUCAUUUCAAGUAUUAUUAUAAUGAGGAGAACUGCCUGAUCAUCGAGGCGCAGAAGGAGAGGGAGUGCCCUCCCACGAUUUUUGUGCCGGGAAUUAUUCUAGGGGUCAUUGCUGCUAUCGUUCUCAUCGGGCUGGCCUUCUUGCUGCUUUGGAAAAUGGUUACUACUAUUCAUGACAGGAGGGAGUUUGCCAAGUUUGAGAAGGAGAGGAUGAUGGCUAAGUGGGAUACGGGUGAGAAUCCAAUCUAUAAGCAAGCCACCUCGACAUUCAAGAAUCCAACCUACGCUGGCAAGUGAAGAGAGGGGAAUUAAUGUAUUAAAAGAAUGGAACAUUGAAACAAAGAAAAUAAUUAUUGGAAUUGUCCAAUUCGAGUGAAGAAUGUUUAACUGUGUGAAGAGUCUCUUACACAACUGUUAGUCGUAUUCUACGAGAAAACGAAAACAAAAAUACUAUUUAAACGUUACAAUGAUUAAUCUAACUAACGUAAUAACUAGGGAUAAAUGAUGUUUUAUUUUUACGUUAAUUUACUGCCAUAUUACUUAGACUACACGUAAGUCUAGGGGAUAUGAGAAGAAGAAGAGAAGAAAUUGUUGGUUUCUUCGUCAGGGCACGGAAUCUUUGGUUCUCACUUAAAUAUUAGUUAUUUAAUAUCUAUUAAUUAUUAAGACAUGUAUUCGAUUAUUUUGUGCCGUGAUUUUUCUUCUCGUUUUAUUGAACAUAAAGUGCCUUCAAUGAUACUAGGUAAUUGUAAAUCAUAUUGAGUGAUUUUUUUUAGAUGAAUUAUUGGGCACACGAAUUGAAUGCAAUUGUCAAUAGCCAGUGGGGGGAUUACAACUGCAUUUUUCCUUUCUUUUCGUAUUAUUCAUCAUCAGCAAUGUAUUUACGUACAAAUUUGACUGAUUAAUCACGGAUAACUGUGCAAUCCAAAUUAUAUCUUCCGAAAUAUUGUACACUAGAAUUAACUAUCAUGCAUCUUCCAAAAUCAUCGUCAUUAUUUAGAAUUAAUUCUAUUUUUUAAACAAACAGACAUCAAAGUAUGCAUUUUACAUUUCAAUUUUAUACUUUACAAACUUUUAACUACUUGUCACGUGUUUUUUUUUUUUUACUGAAUGAACAAUUGAUGAAUCAUUGCCAAUAUCUGUCAAUUUACCCCGAGAUUUGUAAAAGGAAAUUCUGAUUACCAUAUUUACAAUCUGUAGAUUCUAAAUAAAAAAAACGAAGAGAAUGCGAUCGUGAAUUCAUUGCGAAAUAUAGCGCGUGAAUUGUGACGAAACAUCGUGUGAACCCAUUCUGCGAUCUGUUGCCACAAGUCUCGCUGAAUUUGUUUUCUCAAUUGAGAUAACAUGAAAAAAUAUAUUUAUAUUAACAGAAAAAUUAUUUGCUUUAUUUAUAUGAUCCAAAUAA